AUGAGAAAGAGUCAGCCUGUCAGUCACUUGCCGCCGGAGAGCGUGGAGGUCAAGGUGGAAGAGAGAAGAGAUGCGGCGCCGUUUGACGCCGGCUACCUCUGCGACUCGACACUUGCGCGCUGCGUCACUCUCGACUCUCAUUCCUCCACCUUCGCCGGUGCCGUCCUCGUCGUCCUCCCCAUCUUUCCCCCCUGGCGCAACAUCCUCGAGGAGCACGCGAACACUGAGUCCCUUGCCUGCCGCUUCCUCGCCGCCAGGCUGUGGUGGCUCCUUUGUCUUGGCCCCGACCGUGCCACUGACCCCGUCCCUACUGCGGGCACGUCCCAACGGGCGUGCAGGGGACGGUGCUUCUCUCUUGUGCCGCCGUUGCCAUUGUGUCGCAUACUGCCGAACAACUUCUCUGUCGACCGCGGAUUGAAGGCUUCAUCAUCUUCAAGGUCUGUGACGAGCUUGGACACGGUCGAUGUCGACUUUCUCGCUGCAAAACCUGGCACCCGUGUUCCGCGCCGCCUUGUCGACAUGAGAGCGCACGAGAACACUUCCAAGGUGUUCUCACUCUCCGUCGACCCAUGCGGCUUCAAGACACUCGUCCACGUUGCAGCAGCCACGCCCGCCUGUACGCCCUCUCAUGCCGACACCCUAGCCUCGUCCGGCCCGACCUCUGUGAUCCCCGCACCAACCUCGGUCCCCGUCACGCCCUCGAGGUACCACUCCAUGCGCUGCGAUUCACCCGAGGCUCACGCACCGGUUGCCGGCGAGCGCGAGCGCAGCGCACGCCCACGGGUUCGGUGGUGCUCGUCGAGCCAGCCAUCUGGGACGUCUACAGCGCGAGUCGUGCGCGUGCUCGUGACGUGCAUCCUGUCCAGGAGCGAGGACAACCUGGUGCUCGUAGAUGGCAUGGCAUUGUGGGAGUCUCAGAUCGAGCGCGUUGAUAUGUACAUAGAUUACUAUUCGCACGAGACAGUGUAG